AAUCACGAGUGGAUUGAACGUGUAAAUCGUUAAUGUACCGGUCGGUUGAUUUGAAGAAGGUUGUGUACAAAUUGUAAAUACAUUGUGUAAAGUGUGUAACUUAUGAAUCGGUAAUGUGUAACAUGAUGGAAUGAUACAGAUAAACCUUACGAAUUGCGAAUUGCGAGUAUAUUACCAAAUUUCGAGAUAGAUUUGAUCAACUAGAACGCUGGUACUUAAUGUUAUACAGAACAAGUCAUAUUUGAGUGUUGCUUAUGAAAACAUAGCCGUUGGAGUUUAGCUAAGUUAAGUGCUUUGAAAGAAUCGAGAAAGAAAGAAAAACGGAACAUAAAAUGCGAUCGGUUCUCAGUGUUAUCGUUAUAAUUGCGACAAUUUCUGGAGGUGUACAUUCGGAUGAAACGGAUUACAAUAUCAUCAGUCCGGAUGGUUCAUUUUCAUUUGGUCUUUCAAACAACGACUAUGGAGCGCAUUACCACACUGCAUCUGGUGCAAACAACAAAAUAGUCAGGGGCAGAUAUGGUUCAAGAAAUCCAGAGACGGGAAGAGUCGACGAAACAACGUACACAGCCGGUCCGAGAGGAUUUCGUGCUCGUGGACCGAAUAUUCAUCGGAAAAUGGAUUUGUCGCAAGUGCCUCGUGGACCGAUUGGUUCGAUCGAUGACCCGUUGGCCGAUCCGUAUGACGAUCCUUCCUAUGGUUUUGGCUUUCGCACGUCGGAGUAUCAGCGUCGUGAAGAUGGCGAUAGUACGGGGCGUGUAAGAGGUCUCUACUCCUACAUCGAUGACAUUGGCGAAAGGCAUUCCGUACGUUAUGCAGCUGGAGCUGGAACUGGUUAUGAGGUUACGAAUGCUGUGCCGGAUAGUCCAUCAUUUGUCAGAUACACAGCUCCGUUAUAUAAAGCCAAUCGUCUCACUCGUGGUCGCAUUAGCUACGAACGUGGACCUGGUGCCCAGUACAAAUUUAUUUCUUCCGGUCCCGAUCAGAGACGUUCGGAAAGUACGGGUGCCGAUGGCAUUACACGCGGUUCCUAUUCAUAUCUGGAUGAUAAAGGUGUGCAGAGAACUGUCGAAUAUAUUGCUGGUGCUGGAAUCGGUUAUCGAGUGGUUAAAACAACAACUGGUCCGGGCUCUCAUCUGGUACCACGACCAUACAUUCCGGAUUUCAAUAGUGUGCCGCCGCAAUCGAAUGACAUCAGCGAUAUUGAUGGUAGUGGAUUCAAAACGGCCGAAUCGGGAUCGGUGGUACCAAAUAGAGGAAGUGGAGGACAGAAUAAUGUGUACGAUAACGCAGGUGCUCACGGUAACAGGGAACGAGAUCCGGCAGCCGCUCAUGGCAACAGGGAACGAGAUCCGGCAGCCGCACAUGGCAACAGGGAACGAGAUCCGUUGCAUAGUAGUCAAGACCAUCCCACAUCCGGUUCAUCAUUUUCAUCAGGAACAAACUCCGGGGGCAAUGCACAUAAUUCGCCAUCAUCACCAAAUUACCAUAAAACAGAUGGACAUCACGACAAUUCGGUGCACGACACUGACAGCUCACAUCGUCAAACAUCUUCGUCAAAUCGGGGAUCGACUCGAUAUUCAGGCAACAAAGGUUCCGAUUACAGUCCGAACAAUCGGCCAAAUGUCAUCGCCAGCUUGGGACCACCUUACAUCACCCGAGACCAUUUCGGUUUGAAUGCUGAACGCAACAGUGAUUGGUCGCAGCAUCAUCAAGAUUCCACAUUGAUCAAAAAUACCGGCGAUUGGUAUGUGGGUCUGCCACCUGGGUCUGCUGUUAGAGCACAUGUGCAAAGCAUCGAUUUACUUCCGUUGGGCGGUCGACCACCAUCACCGUCAGAUGCUUUGCGAAGAGACGAACAGAGAUCGAAACAAUACUGAAACGAUAGAGAAUUGAUGGAAGGAGCGCGGACCCAAGAAGAUUAAGGGUUUGAAUCAGGAAGGAAAAAUGUCGAUUCUUUACUGGUUCGCUAUGAUUUAUUGUAUGAUUUUGUAAUAAUAAAAUUGAAUAAAAGAAACGACUU